AUGGCGCGCCGCCAGGAGGGGUUCCUGACGGACCAGCAGUACGAUAAUUGGGUUCGGACGCUGGUGCCGUACAUAUACGAUGCGUGGGUGCCGUUCGUGACGGAGUGGCCGGGGCUGACUUGCAGGUGGGGUCCGGAAAUCAACAAGAACGCGCGGAAAGGCGAGAAGAGCCAGGGGAUCAUAUACUCGAAGCACACGCUGUACACUUCCGAGGCCAUCUCUCAAGACGAGAUGGGAAAAGGGAAUUCGCCGAAGAUCGUGGUCGCGACGUGCGACGUUCCCAAAGCCUACCUGUCGAAGACGGACUCCUGCCUCGGGUUCCACGGAACGAGUCGCGCGCGACACUUCCGCGUCGAGAAGCACAUCCACCACCCGGGCCCGGUCAACCGCAUUCGGGAGUGUCCGCAGCACCCACACAUCAUUGCCACCUCCACGGAUGCGCCCCACUGCCUGCUGUGGAACGUCAACUCGCAGCCGGACGCCCGCGGCGGCGCGAGGAGCAAGGUCCAGUGGCUAGGGACCGCCCAGGUCGGCGAACCCGACCUCAAGCUCGUAGGACACGAGGCGAACGCACCGUUUGCUAUGGCAUGGAGCAGCACGCGCGAGGUGGUCGCGAGCGGGGCCGAGGACGGCACCGUGCUCACGUGGGACCUCCACGACAAGAUAGCGUCGGUGCGCGCGCGCGAGAGCCUGGGGCAGUCGCUGUCGCCGACGUACGUGUUGCGUGGGCACAGUGCGGAGGUCGGAGAUGUGUGUUUUGCGCCCGACACGCACCACAAGCUGGCCUCGGCGGGCGCGGACAAGACGGUCCUGAUAUGGGACACGCGCGCAGGCACGGCGCCGUCGUGCGCGUUCCAGAGCGCGCACUCCUUCGACAUCCACGCGCUGUCGUGGUCCUCGCUGGAGCCGCACUACAUCGCGUCCGGGUGCGAGGGCGGGAUCUGCAAGGUGUGGGAUCUGCGCACGAUGCAGAUGGUGUGCGAGAUGCACACCGAGCACCGCGGAGCCAUCAACCGCGUCGACUUCCACCCGGCCUGCCCGGGCGUGCUCGCGGCCGCCGACGCCCGCGGCGUCAUCUCCGUUUGGAAAGACAAGAGCUCCAAGGCGCAGGGCGCGAAGGACGGCUGGCGGCAGGUGUUCCAGCACCUCGGGCACAAGUCCGAGGUCACGGACUUCCAGUGGCUGGCGUCGGACCGUUUCCGGGACCCCAAGGAUCCGGAGGCGGAGUGGGCGCACUGGACGGUGCUGUCCGUGUCCGCGCGGUCGCCCACGGACGGCGGCGGGAGCGUGCAGGUGUGGCGGGCGAGCGACUUCGUGCACAGCGAGAAGGCGACGGAGUGGAUGUGUCAGUUCUACCCCGCGCUGAGUCAGUCGGGCCUGGCGGACGCGGGCGCGGGCGGGGACGCGGCGGGGAACGAGAGGGAGAACGCGCAGCGCAGCGGGGCGCGGCGCGAACGGUCCGCGGCCACCACGGCGCAGCCGUCGGAGCCGAUGGACCUGUAG